UUUUACAAGGAGCUGGAUGCCAUACUUGGGUGUGACCCCACUGCCAAUCCGAGGACCACGAUGGAGAGUUCAGAGCAGGGAGAAGUGGGGGAGGGUGUAGAGGAAGCCGACAGUGAGGCUACUGGCGUGGAGGGAGACACCCCGGAGUCCCAGGAGGCAUGCAGCCAGGUGCUCUUCUCAAGCCAGGAGGAGGCUAGCCAGUCGCAGCAGCUGGAAGUUGCUGGUGAGGAAGAAACUGAGGAGCGUGCUCGGGUGACCUUGACUAAUGCAGCCGGAUCACCGGCCUCACGUCAGUUGCAGAACUUGAGAAAAAAUCCCCGAAAAUCAAAAGAAGAAUUGAUCAAAGCAGUUAUGAUUCACUACAACAGAGAAAGUAGGAAGACGCAGGAAUGGAGAGAUAAAAUGUAUGAGUGGAGGCAAACAGAAAGCAGGAGAAAGGAAUUGGCUAUCAAAAAAACCUCAAAGCAGAUGAUAAGCCUCCUGGCUCGCCAAACUGAGUCUUUCGAGUCUCUCGUAGCCAUGCAGGCAGAUCUGUACCAUGGUAACCCACACCCCUCCCAAAGCUCUCUUUCUUGUUCCCCAGUAUUUGCACAAAACACCUUUCUCCAGCAGCCAGUUUCUUAUUACGCCCAGCAGCCCCCAACACCUGUACGAUCACCUACCAGCCCUGAUAACUAUAAUUCUUACCUUGUGCACUCCACCCCCAUUACCCUGCAGCAUAGUAAUCCUGAAGUGCAGCAGACAUUGAACAGUAAUCAAAACAGGACAUAUUCAAACCUCUGAAUGUACAGUCCACCACCCUAACCCCCCUGGCCUUUUAUGUACUGUACUUUGAAUAAAGGA